AUGUGACAUGUCUAAAGCAUGUUUACAAAAAUAUGGAAUACUAAUUAAGAAAUGAAACAGAAAUAAGGUUUCAGUUUGAUCUUAUCUCAUUUGAUUGCAGUGGCUUCAGUCUUGACUAUUCUUUGAGAAGGUGGGAGCAUUCACUCUUAACCACUUCUAAGACAGCACCAUGUGAUCUCUCGUGUGUAUGCCCCGCAAUCCUAUAGUGACUUCAGCAAUAAUUUUAUCUUGGAAAUAAUAAUAUUCCAAAGAAUCUUAAAAUCUAUAAAUACAUUUCCUCCUGUAUUUAGAAACAACACAAUUCAUUGCAAUUCUUAAGCAUCAACACUUCUUAUCUUAAACUUGAAAGCUUUUCCUUGCUCUAGUUCUUACAUACAUACAGAAAAAUGGGUUUCCAUUUACCUGUUAUUCGAAGGGCAUCUAGCCAAGUAGCUUCAAAAUCUGUGGAACUCCCAAAAGGGUAUCUUGCAGUGUAUGUUGGAGAGAAUCAAAAGCGUUUUGUGAUCCCCAUAUCAUACUUGAACCAACCUUCAUUCCAAGACUUGUUGAGUCAAGCUGAAGAAGAAUUUGGAUAUGAUCAUCCCAUGGGAGGUCUCACUAUUCCUUGUAGUGAACAUGUCUUCCAAAGAAUCACUUCUCACUUGAAUGGGCUAUAAAUCUCAGACUGUAGAAGAUUGACAUAGAUUAGCAUAUACAUGUUGUAUACAAUAGAUUAGUAUAGAGAAUCAGAUGACAAACUCAAAGAGUAUGUCUACUUUUGUUGUAUAGUGACAAAUUGACAAUGAAUUCAGUUAUUCAAU